AUGCACUACGACUGGGGCCUGCGAGCGGUGAAAUCCUUGCUUCGUCAGGCAAGAAAGAGGGCAGUCCGCAGUGUGUCUAAAGCCAAAGCUCAGCUGAGAGGCGGGGUCUUUGAAGGGCAAGGAGCCGGACAACGACGAGAACGUGGUCCUUUGCAGGGCCCUGCGCGACUUCAACCUGCCCAAGAUCACCACGCAGGCGGGAGCUGCUGUGGGAGGGGGUCAUGGGUGAAAGAUCGCACUUGCAGCAGUCAGGACCUGCCCAUCUUCCAGCGUCUCAUCCAGGACCUCUUCCCAGGCGUGAAGGCGAAACCCUUUCUGGAUCCAAAGUUCAGGAAGGUCUGUGAGGACACGGUCAAGGCACGGGGGCUCCAGCCGGAUGGAGGUUUCUUGGACAAAGUGGUGGAUUUCCUGGACAUCUUGAAGGUUCGGCAUUGCUGCUUCAUUAUCGGGCCCACGGGCGCGGGGAAGACGGAGAUCUGGCGAUCCCUGGAAAUGGCACUGAUCGCCAUCGGUGAGGACUGCAAAUGGGAGCAGGUGAAUCCCAAAGCCAUCACCGCCGAUGAACUCUAUGGAACCAUCGAGAAGGGGGAAUGGAAGGACGGCGCGGUCUCCGUGAUCAUGCGGAACAUGAGCAAGGAGAUGAACGGCUACAAGGCAAGCCACCUGCACAAGUGGGUGGUGCUGGACGGCGACAUCGAUGCCACCUGGAUCGAGUCCAUGAACACCGUCAUGGACGACAACAAGGUGCUGACGUUGGUGAGCAACGAGCGGAUCCCUUUCACGCAGACCAUGCGGAUGCUCCUGGAGAUCCAGGACAUGAAGCACGCGAGCCCGGCGACGGUGUCUCGGGGCGGCGUCCUGUACAUCAACGAGAGCGACGUGGGCUGGAAGCCAUUUGUGGAGAGUUGGCGAGUCGCUGGGCUGAAGUGUGGGGAGGGAUGUAGGGACAGGCUUCUUGCAACUGCGUGCGAGGAGAGAGGAAGAGAGAGAGAGAGAGAGAGAGUAGCCAUUUUGGCUCAAGUCGACCCGCCGCUCUCCUUUGGGGGGCGCCUGAGGCCGGCCCUCUGA